AUGGCGAAGUGGUCUGUUUUACUCUUCUACCUCCUCCAAGGACUGGUUCAUCUCAUUACCGGGCAGCAGCAGCCGCCACGCGAACGACAGGGGCCUUGGCGACAGAGGAUUCAGUGGGAGAAUAACGGUAAGGUGUACAGUUUGAUGAGCACCGGGUCAGAGUAUCAACCACCGGCGCGGCCGAGAAGCCAAUCCAGAGUCUACAUGAGCACUGGGAGGGAUGGCACCGGUCAGACGCAGCCUGGAACGCGGGAAGGCACAAUGGCGCACAGAAGACCUGGACCAAUCGAAUCGAACGUAGGUGGACAUUUACGGGACCAAACCAACAACGUUCUAGAUCCUGCAUCAGCACAUUUAGGACAUGAUAGUAGACAGUAUCUGGUACCCAAUGCUCGCCAGUCAGGGGCCAGGUCGCAGCCCGAGGUGCCAUACCGAGCGGGAGUGGCGGGGUCCCCUGGCGCACGGCGCUACUCACCAGAGAACACUUACCGUGUAAACGCCUCGGUCCCUGGGCUGCUCCCCGAGUUCUCCGGUAGCGGCGUACCGAGGAGAGGAACCCCUGUCACUCAGGAUGUUACCUGGGAUGCUCGCUCGGGGCUUCCCGCCUCUUCAUCCCGAGGCAUGGAGGUAGUGCCUGUACCGGGCGUAGAAUACCAAGAGAUGCGCGCGGAGCCCGGUGCAUCCAUCUCCAGGCAACCCGCACUAACGGAUAAUUCCAACGCACGUUAUGUCAUCCCUAACCGGAGGGGUACUCCUCCAGGACCCGGACCCGUUAACGCUGCUGAGACAUCGAAUGAGGCAGCAAGUAAUGGCGAGGACAUGGUCUCGGACGACCCUCGGAACCCGUUUAAAAACCACCGGAAUUCCGUCUUCUACAACAUGUAUUCCUCCAGAGGCAGAACGCCCGUAGCACGCACGCGGCGGCCGCGUCCCCCGGCGUCCGUCCCCGGCACUAGAUAUUUUCAGAAUGGGCUCCCAGAUCUCGUCCCAGACCCGUAUGCCAUCCAGGCAGGUGCAUACAUCCAGCGGAUGCAGAUGUACUCGCUGCGCUGUGCGGCCGAGGAGAACUGUUUGGCGAGGUCAGCGAGCACAGCAAGGGACAUAGACUACAGAGUACUGCUCCGCUUCCCCCAGAAAGUCAAGAACCAGGGCACCACUGACUUCCUUCCUGUUAAACCGAGACACCAGUGGGAAUGGCACAGCUGUCACCAACACUACCACAGUAUGGAUGCCUUCAGUAGCUAUGACCUGCUCGAUGUGACAACAGGAAGGAAGGUAGCUGAGGGACACAAGGCCAGCUUCUGUCUGGAGGACACAGGAUGUGAUGCUGGAUUUAGACGCAGAUAUGCCUGCACCGCCCAUACACAGGGGCUGAGUCCAGGCUGUCAUGACACCUAUGCUGCCAAUAUUGACUGUCAGUGGAUCGACAUCACUGAUGUUCCUGCAGGAAACUACUUCCUGAGGGUCAUAGUGAAUCCCAGUUAUCAUGUUCAAGAGUCGGAUUAUUCCAACAACGUGGUGCGGUGUGAUAUCACAUACACGGGUACUCAGGUUCAGACACGGAACUGUCGGGUAACCAGGUAA